CGGGGGGUGGGACGCGGAAGUGCCGCAGCCGGCGGUACUGCCCGGCAGGAGGGCGGGAGACAGGAGCGCUCUCCAGGGGCGGGCACCGUGGCGGCGCGGCACAGGAUGCUGGGGCUGGCGGCGGGGCUACUGGCGGCAGCCGCCGUGGCGCUGCUGCUGGACUGGUACGGGCCGUCGGGGGCGCCGCCGGCCGCGGGGCAGCGCCGCCGCUGGGCCCCGCAUCCCGCUCCCGGCGCGGCGGCCGCCGGCCUGCUGUGGGUCGUGCAGGUGUCAGAUAUUCAUAUCAGCAGAUUCUGGGAUCCCAAACGAGCUCCCGACUUCGAAAAAUUCUGUUCUGAAACAAUUGACAUAAUUCAACCCGCACUUGUUCUAGCAACAGGUGACCUGACAGACGCUAAGACAAGAGAUAGACUGGGGUCUGAGCAGGUAGAAGAAGAGUGGAAAACUUACCAGUCAAUCCUGAAGAGAUCAAGAGUCAUGGAAAAAACCAAGUGGAUAGACAUCAAAGGGAAUCAUGAUUCAUUCAACAUUCCACACCUGGAUAGCGUUCAGAAUUAUUACAGGAAAUACUCUGCCUGGCAUAAAGAUGGCUCUUUCCAUUACAUCCACACUACCUCCUUUGGGAACUAUUCAUUCAUCUGCGUGGAUGCCACACUCAGCCCAGGCCCUAAGAGACCCUAUAAUUUCUUUGGGAUUUUAAACAAGAAUCAAAUGGCAGAGCUAUCUUUGAUGGCAACAGAAAGUCUGCACAGCAACCAUACUAUCUGGUUUGGCCAUUAUCCCACCUCAACAAUCAUCUCCCCAGCCCCAGGAGUACGAACAUUAAUGAGUUCUGCCACAGCCUAUUUAUGUGGACAUCUCCAUACAUUGGGUGGGCUUAUGCCAGUGUUGCACAGUCAGCACCGUGGUGGCACUCUGGAACUCGAACUGGGAGACUGGAUGGAUAAUAGGAGGUACCGGCUCCUUGCAUUUGACCAUGACCUCCUUAGUUUUGCAGAUCUUAACUUUGAAGAAUGGCCUGUAGUUCUCAUCACCAAUCCCAAGUCCUUCCUUUACAGCAGUUCUACUCAUGAACCACUAGUCAAAAUUCUUCAUUCCACUCAUAUCAGAAUUCUGGCAUUCUCUCCUUCUGUCAUUGUCUCCGUCAAAGUCUACAUAGACAGAGUUCACUUGGGGAAUGCACAUCAGGUGUCUGGUCCUCUCUAUGUGCUGAAGUGGAGCCCACAAAACUACAGUGAAGGGUACCAUCACAUAGAUGUGACUGUCCAGGAUGCUUCAGGAAGAAUUGGCACACGGGGCCAUAUAUUUGCUAUGGAAGAAAGCCUCUCUCUUAGAUUUGACUUUUGGCCAUCUGUGAUUCUUCUCACUGACCACUAUGUUCUAGCUCGUGUGCUCUUUGGACUGAUUGUGCUGAUUCAGAUCACCUUGCUGCUUGUUUUCAGAUACCUCCAAAAGCCAGUACUCAAAGGUAUGAACCAAUGUUUGUGGGUUUUAGAGAAUCAUUUUUCCCUAAACUUUUUACUGUUUGUCUGUGUGCUAACAAUAGAAAAGCCAGGAUUACUUACUCUGACUUCGUACUCUCUUCAUGUCUUCAGUAAAACAAACACCUUCUACUACUCAAUUCUGGUUCUGAAUUUAUACACCAUUCUGGGACCGUGGUUUGUAGGUGAACUGAUAGAUGGCCAGUGGGGGGCCUGUUUUUCCUUUGGGGUGUUCGUUGGUGGUUCCUUCUUACAGGGCAGUAUGACAUUUGUGGUUGGGAUUUUACAGAUGUUGUUUUUCAACCUGCCAUUAAUGGCCUAUCUGUGCUGGUGCCUAUUUUUGCGAUGCCGGGGUCACAGCUUCCGCUCUCACAUCCGUCACGUCCGACGCCUCACAGCUGUGCUUGUUCACCUGGCAAUGGCACUCCUCCUGGCCUGGCAGGUCUAUUCCUGCUAUUUCCUACAACGAACCUAUGGGACCUUGGCUUUCUUCCUCUCCCCAAUGAGAAUGUGGCUGGUGGCACUGACCUCAGCUCUCAUUUAUAAAACCUGGACACUGAAAUCAUCUGAGCUCAGAACUUACAUAGUAGAAAUGAAAAACUGUCAGAGCUCCUGAAGUACAGUAUAAGUAUUCCAAAUUCUUUGUCUUAAAAACUGUCGAGAUACAACCUAUCGUUUUGUGAUGCUGGAAUUCCAUGCAGCUCAACCAUUAGGUGGUAAGAUCUGAAGUUGCACCUGCACUGCUACAGAACUGUAUUAAAUAGUAAAUGUACAACAAUAUGUAGUACAUAGUUUUCUUGUAUUAUACCAUAUACUGUAUAAUAUAUGUUAUACAAUACAGUUACACAUUCAGUCAAAUGUAUAACAGUGGGUUCUUUGUGAUACAGAACAUGGAUAUGUCUGGACAUGUUUGUCUAUUACUGUGAAUGGAAAAAUAUUUUUGAUUUAUUAAAUUCUUUAUUUUUAUAAUGCUGGGAAAAGUGAGCAUAAAUCUUGAUAAUGAGCUUCAGGAUUUUUGCUUAACUUUGAUUUUUAUUUCAAGAUUUACAAGAUUUUUACAAGAAUAACUACAAGACUAGACCAGAUGUCUUUAUGAAGUAAUAGUGGUUGCAGAGGUGCUAUGGUGGCCUUCACAGUAAGAGUCCUAUGCUUAUACACUUUCAGUGCAUAAUGCUGUAUACAAGCAGAUUAUAGGCUGUUAGGUGUGUAUAUGUGUGUUUGUGGUCAUGUUUACCUGAGCUGUGGACUAUUGCUCUUGUUUCCAAUUCUCCCAUAUCUGACCAGUAAAAAGACAGUGAAAGAUCAAUGUUGCUGGGAUUUUCAGCUGUAGUCAGAGUUCAGCGUCAAAGCAAUGGAGACCAUGUCCUCAGGAUGGGAGAUCCUGGAGGAAUUAUGUGGUCUGGUGCCUACAACGUCUGUAACUGAGCAGGUCAGGCCUGUGUUUCUGAGUCUCAGUCAAAUGCACUGAAGAGUGACCUAAGGGAACUCUUUUUUUGUUUUCACUUUUUUUGAAGUCCAAAAAUGAUAGUACAAUUAGUUACAUUUAUGAAGAAUGCAAGGAUCCAGAGCCAAGAGAGCCAAGGUGCCUUGAUUUGUAAAGGAAAACACUGGGUUGCUUUACAGAAGACUGCUGUGAGUAGAACAUUUAAAAUACUUCAGGUAAUUUUACAGUAAUUUAUUUAUGGCUCCUCAAAAGAAAAAGGAGAGGUAACUUACUUAGGGCACCUGUGACUGUAGUAGAACAUAGGAAAAUAAACUGAAUUGGAAGAAAAUGCUGACUACAACAAAAACUUUUUGUUAUUUCUAAAAGAUGACAAUUUUCCUUCUCUUUAAUUUGUUCUUCAAUGACUGAUGAUUACAAUAGAGCUCUCAUUUGCAUAAGUUAAAUACACUGUUAAGACAAUACAGAAUGUAAUUUGUUGCUACAUAAGUUUGUUUUGCAAAGCUGUUAGAAAAUCAGAGGCAGGGCACAAAAUGUAUUUGUGAGAAAUGCUACUGAAAAAUUAAUAAUGACAUUUCACAAUUACUUUUAUGUGAUAAGGGAGCAUAAGAAUUGGCAAUAAAAUAUAUCGUAUUUCUACCCUGUGACAAGA